UUAAAACUGAGCAUGCGCAGAAAAUGUUGUAAACAAUGAGACUAGACCGUCUCCAGCUUUGUGUCUAUCCAACAGUUUAUCUUUGCAAAACUAACAAAGGUUUCUCAUAGCUCCACGUAUAUUAAAUAAACAUGUUCUUUGGGAGCUGAAGCAUGGAGGCGGUUCUGAGCAGGCUGAGGGGGCUAAGUGCUGAUGAAUUGCGUGAGGAGUUUGCCCGAGAAGGCGUCAAGUGCGGUCCUAUCACAGCUACAACCCGAGCCACCUUUGAGAGGAAGUUAGCCCGAGUCCUGAGUCCAGAGAGCAGUGCCACUGACUCGGACAACAGCUCUUCGGCAGGCGUCUCGGGCGGUGCGGCCUCUGUUGCCGAUCAUACCAAACCUGUGUCAAGUGCCACAGCAGCAGUUGCAUUUCCCACUGCUGCAACAAGAUACAACCCCAGUGAGGCUGCCAGCGAAGAGCUGGACUUUGGCUACGGUGUGGGUCUCAACCCUCCAGAGGAAGAUGAGAUCUCAGUAAGGACGACCUCAAACAACUCUGCAGAAAGAAGUAACUCUCAGUCCAAAACGGAAACCCCUUCAAAGCUGGCACAAGUGUCCCCGACCUUUUAUUAUGGAGUAUGUCCACUGUUGGAGGAUGUUUUGGCUAGAAAUGAGAGAGCGCAUGUAUACACGGAUCAGAAAGAUGCCCUUCAAGCUGUUAAGAUGAUGAAGGGAGCCCGCUUCAAACACUUUCCCAACCGUGAGGAUGCUGAGAAGUUUGCUAAGGGGAUCUGUGACUAUUUCCCCUCUCCCAACAAAUCUACACCGUGUGUAUCUCCUGCCAAACCAGGUCUGGUCGUAAGUAAAGACAACAUGGAGGUUGAUACCAUCAACCGGGAGCGGGCCAACAGUUUCAAGAGCCCCCGCACCCAAGACCUGACCGCCAAACUGAGGAAAGCUGUGGAGAAGGGUGACGAGGUGGUUUUCAGCGAGCUGGUCUGGGACAACCCACGCUAUCUCAUUGGCUCAGGGGAUAAUCCCACUAUUGUGCAGGAGGGCUGCCGGUACAACGUAAUGCACGUGGCGGCGAAAGAGAACCAGGCAGGAAUCGCCCAGCUGCUGCUAGACACCUUGGAAAACCCCACAUUUAUGCGCCUCAUGUAUCCAGACGACCAGGAAGUGAUGCUGCAGAAACGUAUCCGCUACAUUGUGGAUCUUUACCUCAACACUCCAGAUAAGGCUGGCUUUGAAACACCGCUCCACUUUGCCUGUAAGUUUGGGUGUCCAGACGUGGUCAAUGUCCUGUGUUCGCAUCCUGACAGCGAUAAGAACCGUGAGAACAAGGAUGGCCAGAAGCCUUGUGAUCUUAUUUGUAGCAGAAAGAAUAAAACCCAAGAAGUGAAGCAGAAGAUAAGUGACUAUCUGGAGGACCGCUGCUUUAUUCCUUUGCUGAGGGCAACUGACAACACGUCUCAUCCCAUCAUUGGUGGUCUGUGGUCACCCGAGUCCUCCGAAAGUCUCUCGCUGAUCCAUUCGCAUACAAGAAGCCCGAUGGAGCCUGUGAUGACUGUCACAGCCUUUGCUGGCCCACUGAGUCCUUCUAAAGCUGAUGAUUUCCGUCGGUCCUGGAAGACGCCGCCCAGAGACCGAGCGGAGCUUUUCCACCACAUUCUUAAGUCUGACCCGGACCGUGGGGCCGAGAGAGUCGGCAGAGAUCUGGCUCAUGAGAUGGGCCACCCAUGGGCGGAGUACUGGGACUUUCUGGACAGUUUUGCGGAUCUGUCCUCUACUGAGGGGCUCCUCAAGCUGGACGAGUACCUUAGCAAGAAGGAUUUCAGCCCACGGGCUCAUGAAGAGGCUGGGGAGAAUGAGACCAGCAACAGGUUCAGAACCCCGUCUCCAGGCAAGCCCAAAAAGUUCUGCAACUCCAUCUCUGUUGGUGCCUUCCUGGACGAGGGGGAUGACAUCAGCCUCGAGGAGAUAAAGAACCGGCAGAACGCAGCACUCACCAGCAUCACGUCCUCCGCUGCAUCCAUGGACUGCCUGAAGGGAGCAGUGGGUGGCCGCGAGUUCCACAUCCUGCCCAUGGCACUGCACCACCGCGGGGCUGACCUGAUCGAGACGGCAGCCGAGCAGGAGCUGCUGUGCUGCUGCGACAACGGACUCCUGUCGCCCGACGUCUUCUGCAAAAGUGGGGUGUGCUCCUCCUCCAGAGAUAGGACUCACAAUGGAGACAAGGUGACUCCUCGCACCUCCCCGUCCUCCUCCUGCCUGCUGUCGCCCAUCACCGACCUCUUGGUGGAGUUUGAGCGCAUGUCGCUUCAAGAGUCGCUGGACAGCCCCACCAGCUGCAGGGAGCGGAGGAGCAGUGGCGGGAGCCGGCACAGGGAGGUCCGGGACUCCUACAUCUCCUCCUCAGCCACAGACCUCAGCUCCGCGGUGACCCACCUGUCUCUCGGUCACAGCAGUCAGGAUGGGGAGACUUCAGAGGGCCCAGGCAGGAGAACAGAGGGAGGAGAGACGGAGGAGAGGCACAGCAGUGGCAGCUCAGAGGAGUACUUUGAAGCAGAGGAGAGUCUGGAGGUGCUGGGCAGGACUAGGGGGUCAGUACCAGGGGGGCGCAACUUCUGUGCUAGGUCCAAGUCAUGGGACCAUGGGGGGAGGGACCUGAGCAGCUCAGGAUCCUCUGGGUCCUCCUAUAAGUCCUUAGAUAACUCCAAUGUGUUCCUACCCAGGACCCCGCCGCACAUUAGAAGAGGACUCUUCAUUGACGGGGACUCACCAUCCAAGUUGGACAGAGAGGUCUUGUCAGCAAUAGGAGGCGUAGACGUCGAUCCUCAGAAGUAUCCCAGCAUUCACAAGUGGAAGAGCACAAUGAAGUCGUACACGGCGUCAGACAUGCAGAGCUGGUCCAGCCCUGCGGUGGUAAAACCACGACUCAGGAUGCAGCAUCAGACUCCCGGCUCCCCGGCGAGCGGCCUGAUGUCUCCCACCGGUCGCUUCAGUCCUGCCCGGCACGCUGCCUCGCCAGACUUCAGCCCCAGCCGUUUCAGCCCUGCCAAUGCUAGCUACAUCCAGCGCAUCCGCCUCAAGCACUUGAACGAGCCAACGAUCUAACGUCCCACCCCUCCUCUGCCUCUCCCCCCCCCCCCCCCCCUACUACGGCCAUACCCUCUACACACAGAAAUAUGCACAAGUGUCUGGAAGAUUUGUAUUAACGAUGUAUGGUACUACUCCUAAUGUAAAACAGGAAUUCUCAUCACGUUGGGUUGUGAUGUACACUCGAGACUUUGAAAAGCAACAACAGAAACCUUGAUCAUUUAUGUCCCGUACGGGUGUGGACCAUGUUGGUAAUGUGAUUUGUGGACAGUGAAGCACCUGUAUCAUAGCCCGAGUCAACUCUUUUGAAUAUCGUGAAUACAAGCCGCACUCCCCAAAGUUCGUUCAUCACAAAAACCUUCGUGAGGAAUCCUCGACAGGAUUCUGCCGCUGAGGAUGUUCUUAAAAACAAAAAAAAAGUAAAAUGUCAAUAUUUUAAAAAGUUAUUUUUUUGUAUGUUGGUCAGUAGCACAAAAGUUUAAUGUUUUUAUUAAUGGUGUUAAAACCGACUGCCAUUUCCUAUGUUUUCCUCAGUUCAGGAAUUGCCUUAAUUUUCUGAAGUGAUGGACCAGCUGUCAGUUUGGACCCACGUCGCUCGAGCUCAGACGUGAAACAUCUGGAGAUAGUCCGAUGAUUCCGGCAAACAUGGGGAAAACUGAUUAGACUGAGACCUUCCGUGUUUUUAUUUUGUUGAAUAAAUGCAUAUAUUUUCCAUCUUUUCUCGGUGGUUCCUGGACAUGUCUUGACUUUUCCUUUCUGACACUACCUUGUGCAAUGGCUUUUUUUUUCUUUCUCGGAAAUAUCUUCAAUUCACAAGCAUCUCCCACGGUGUGAUUACGAACGACAACACACACCCAGCACUAAAGUGUCAUUUCAAAUUUGUCUGGUCUGGGCUAAAACCUUAAAGUUAGCGAGUGUGAAACCACCAUUCAGUUGUACUAAGUGAUUUGUAACCACUAGGGGGCAGAGAGACUCCUACAGCAACAUAAUCCUGAUGUAUUUAGCUUAUUAUUGACAUGCUAACAGAAAACUGCCUUACACUUAGACAACCCAACUGAUUAGCUGCAGAGUUGCACAUUACAAAACGUAGGUGGAUUUAAAAAGUAGCACUUAAUAGAGCUUAAAAUGUCUCUUUGGUGGUUCAAAUGGGUUUAAACUCAUGUCCACAUCGCAGGUUCUUGCAGUUCUCCCAAACAUGUUAAUGGAGAAAUGUGAAUGUACAAAACACCUGCUGUAUCCAAAACAUUUGUAAUCUAGGGAUUAACUGCUGUAUGACGGUGUGUUCGCUACGUCUAGGACGUAAAGCCAGUCGUUUAAAAUAUUCAGAUUGCCACUCUACUUAGGUCGAAAGAAACAAGUGUUCUGAAUGUACAUCUUUUUGUGAACUGAACCUUUAUCCGUGAGCACAAACUACUUCACUGAGAAGAUUGUAUUGUCAUCCUCGUGCUCUCAGGUGACACCAGAUCUGAUGAUCUCUGAAUGUUUAUGAAUGUGAAACUUUGCAAAAACGCACCUAAAAAACUUAAAACAUGCUUCUUGUGCUUUUAGCAUUCUGUGCUUUAUUAAAAGUUAUGUCAUGGUGAAUUCUUUCUGUAUGUCUAGACCUCAUUUGCUUUCAGCUAAUCAAUAAAACAUCACUUGUA